UACAUAGUCAUAGUAAAACUAUAGAAUGCACACUGAACAGAGCUAAGGACAGACGGAAAGAAAGCUUUGAUCUCUGAAAGUUCUCGUGGAAGUAGAUCACACUGUGAAUUUAGGUUGAUUAGUUCGGCUAGUUUAAGCGGGAACACACAUCCCACUUUAACAAGUUUUCCCAGUCUGGUCGGGUCCAGAUAUUGGCUCUGGUUGCUGACGCUGGGUGGCACUUUUAGGGGGUGGACCUUGGCUCUCUCCGGGCGACGGCUGGACUGGCACGACGAGUUCCCAGCGUGUCACCCCUGGCUAACUCAGGCUUGCCCACUCACGGCUCCCCGGUGGCGUUAGCCGCUCUUCCAGAGGUUUCCCUGGGGGAAAGGCUGACCCUGAGCAGCACCACCCCCGCCCGGGCCUGGACCGCCUGCUCCGCCUGGGCCUCUCCCGCAGCUGGCUGGCCGGGCGCGGCCAGGGGACGCGGUGCCCUGGUCCCCGCCAGUUCCCGUUCCGGGCCCGGGAGGCACAGUGCCCGCCCAGCUCGAGCGCCGAGGCGCGACCCGCCGCGAUCCGCAAGCCUAGCCUCGGCUCCCACGACACCGCGCUCCCGGGUCACCGCGUUCCCGGGUCACGCGCUCCCGGGACCUUGCUCUUGCAUCCAGCCACUGUUAGUCCGGUCAUCCUGUUUUGUUGAUUUUGCAGAUUCCAGGAAGAAAAAAAGAAAAAAGGAAAGAAGAAUGCUGUGUUGGAAUAUUUCAACUUUCUUCAAAGGAUGACACUGUGGAUCCCAAGGGACUAUGAUGAAAGACAGGGGCCCAGAGGGUGGCCCUGAAUCCUGAUUGUCUCUCUGCCAGGGAGACAUCUGUGGUCAAAGAUGACUUUGAGGAAAGUAGCUGCUGGUUACUUUAACUAUGGCAAAUCAGAGACCUCAUGAUAUGGAAGUCAUCCCAUCAGGUUGUCAUUUCCACAUUAAACUGUUGAAGAUCAACAGGGAACAUCUGGUCACGCACAUCUGUAACACUCAGUGUCUGCUGGACAACUUGCUAAAGAAUGGCUACUUCUCAGCCGAAGAUGCAGAGAUUGUGUGUGCUUGCCCCACCCAGCCUGACAAGGUCCGAAAAAUUCUGGACCUUGUGCAGAGCAAAGGCGAGGAGGUGUCCGAGUUCUUCCUUUAUGUGCUCCAGCAACUCGAGGAUGCUUAUGUGGAUCUCAAGCCAUGGCUAUCAGAGAUCGGCUUCUCCCCUUCCCAGCUCAUUCAGAGCAAAACUAUCAUCAACACUGACCCAGUGAGCAGGUACACCCAGAAGCUGCGACACCAACUAGGCUGCAACUCCAAGUUCAUGCUGUGCUAUGCCCAGAAGGAGGAGCUGCUGCUGGAGGAGACCUACAUGGACACACUCAUGGAGCUGGUGGGCUUCAACAAUGAGAGCCUGGGCAGUCUAAGCGGCCUGGCUUGCCUGCUGGACCACAGCUCCGGGAUCCUCAACGAGCAUGGCGAGACGGUGUUUGUGUUUGGAGAUGCUGGGGUGGGCAAAUCUAUGCUGUUGCAGCGGCUGCAGAGCCUCUGGGCGUCGGGCAGACUGGCCACCGGAGUCAAGUUCUUCUUCCACUUCCGCUGCCGCAUGUUCAGCUGCUUCAAGGACAGCGACAUGCUAUGUCUGCAGGAUCUGCUUUUCAAGCACUUCUGCUAUCCAGAGCAGGACCCCGAGGAGGUGUUCUCCUUUCUGCUGCGCUUCCCGCACACGGCACUAUUCACCUUCGAUGGCCUGGACGAGCUGCACUCGGACUUCGACCUGAGCCGCGUGCCGGACAGCUGCUGUCCCUGGGAACCUGCGCACCCACUGGUCCUGCUGGCCAGCCUGCUCAGCGGGAGGCUGCUCAAGGGCUCCAGCAAGCUGCUCACGGCCCGCACGGGGGUGGAGGUCCCGCGCCAGCUCCUGCGCAAGAAGGUGCUGCUUAGGGGCUUCUCGCCGGGUCACUUGCGCGCCUACGCCCGCAGGAUGUUCCCGGACCGUGCGGUGCAGCAGCACCUGCUGGAGCAGCUGGAAGCCAACCCCAACCUCUGCAGCCUGUGCGCCGUGCCGCUCUUCUGCUGGAUCAUCUUCCGCUGCUUCCAGCACUUCCACACCGCCUUCGACGGCUCCUCGCAGCUGCCUGACUGCGCAGUGACCCUGACCGAUGUGUUCCUGCUGGUCACCGAGGUGCAUCUGAACAGGACGCAGCCCAGUAGCCUGGUGCAGCGCAACACGCGCAGCCCGGCGGAGACCCUGCAAGCAGGCUGGCGUACACUGCGUGCGCUUGGCCAGGUGGCACACCGAGGCACAGACAGGAGCCUCUUUGUGUUCAGCCAGGAGGAGGUGCAGGCUUCUGAGCUGCAGGAGGGGGAUCUGCAGCUAGGCUUCCUGCGAGCCCUGCCUGAGCUGGGCCCUGAGGGGGGACAGCAGUCGUAUGAGUUUUUCCACCUCACACUCCAGGCCUUCUUCACUGCCUUCUUCUUGGUGGCAGAUGACAGAGUGGGCACCCGAGAGUUGCUGAGGUUCUUUCAGGAGUGGACGCCUCCUUGGAAGGCCACAGGCACGUCCUGCUAUCCUUCCUUCCUGUCCUUCCAGUGCUUGGCGGGCAGCAGGAGGCCGGGCCUGGAGCCCUUCAGGAACAAAGACCACUUCCAGUUCACCAACCUCUUCCUCUGCGGGCUGCUGGCCAAAGCCAGACAGAAACUCCUGCGGCAGCUGGUGCCCAAGGCCACCCUGAGGAGGAAGCGCAAGGCACUGUGGGCACAUCUGUUCGCCAGCCUGCGCUCCUACCUGAAGAGCCUGCCCCGGGUUCAGUCUGGGGGUUUCAGCCAAGUACAUGCCAUGCCUACCUUCCUGUGGAUGCUGCGCUGCAUCUAUGAAACCCAGAGCCAGAAGGUGGGGCGGUUGGCAGCCAGGGGCAUCAGUGCUGACUACCUCAAGUUGGCCUUCUGCAACGCCUGCUCAGCCGACUGCAGCGCCCUGUCCUUUGUCCUGCACCACUUCCACCGGAGGCUGGCCCUGGACCUCGACAACAACAACCUCAAUGACUACGGGGUGCGAGAACUGCAGCCUUGCUUCAGCCGCCUCACGGUUAUCAGACUCAGCGUUAACCAGAUCACUGACACAGGAGUGAAGGUGCUGUGUGAUGAGCUGACCAAGUACAAAAUUGUGACAUUUCUGGGUUUAUACAACAACCAGAUUACAGAUAUUGGAGCCAGGUAUGUCGCCCAAAUCCUGGAUGAAUGCAGAGGCCUCACACACAUUAAACUGGGAAAAAACAGAAUAACAAGUGAGGGUGCGAAGUGCCUGGCCCUGGCUGUAAAGAACAGCACCUCCAUCAUUGAUAUUGGGAUGUGGGGCAAUCAAAUUGGAGAUGAAGGUGCAAAGGCCUUCGCAGAGGCACUAAGAGACCACUCCAGCUUGACCAACCUCAGUCUUGCAUUCAACGGCAUCUCCCCAGAGGGAGGGAAGAGUCUUGCAAGGGCCCUGCAGCAGAACACCACCCUGACAAUAUUCUGGCUGACGAAAAAUGAACUCAAUGAUGAGGCAGCAGAAUGCUUCGCAGAGAUGCUCAAAGUCAACCAGACGCUGCAGCACUUAUGGCUUAUCCAGAAUCAGAUCACAGCCAAAGGGACAGCCCAGCUGGUGGAGGCUCUGCGCAAGAACACCAGCAUAACGGAGAUUUGCCUCAAUGGAAACUUGAUUAAGCCAGAAGAGGCCAAAGUCUUUGAAAAUGAGAAGCGGAUCAUCUGUUUUUGAUGAACAUUUAUUUGCUGUGCUGGGUCUUUAGCCUACAUUACUCCUCAGGAACAGACGGUACUGUGCAGUCAGCAGGGAACACAGGAUGCUGUGCAGGGCCUGUGAUGAGGGGAUUGUCAGUUUCCUACUCCUCCAUCAUGCCAGCUAAUCACCCCUACAGAAGCUUUACAGGCAGUGCCCUUCUAGAGCCGCUGCUGGGAUGUUGCCUAAGCAGUGUCUUGUGAACCAGUGUCAUCACUGAAAACAGCAAAUGUUUUCUAUACUGUGAAGAGACUUCCUUGCCUAUUUGUAACGAUGUUGUCUGAAACUGAGGAAUGAGAUAGCAGAGGAGGCCAGCCUCAGUGCCCCUACAUGCCAACCUGAAGGACCUAUGGGACUGAGCUGGCCAGUCGCCUUCAGGGAAGACCUGGAGCCUUGGAAAGAAGGUGUACCCAGUGCCCUGGCCUUUUCCUGAAACCUUCCUCCAUCAGUACUUCCCCUGUGCCAAUCUAUUAUCUCCUCAUAACUGUGGCUACUGAGGCAGGUCCACUGUGGGGAGGACCCAUCUGAGGUCUCACAGGGAGCCAUCAAGGGUUCGUCACAGGUUUUGGUUUCAGUCCUGGAUUCUCCCUGGCUGCUGAAGAAGAAGAUCAAAGCACUGUGCCUUCAUAGUGCUGAGUGUCCACUCAAGGUUUUUACCCUGCCCUGGGAGGAAGAAUCUAUGAAAAUCCUCCAUAGGAGCAGGCUUGCUAUGGUGCCCCUGACAUCCCAAGCAAAACUUCUCUCUCCAUUGACUGAGCCAGAAAGCCUCUUUCUGCUGAGUAGUUGACUGACUGAACACAGCUAGGACAGAGAGCCUGCUGGCAAAGUGUGGCAGAUGACAAAGUGUGGCAGAUACCCACCACCAUGGUUGGCAUGUGGAGGUGCUCAGCCUAGUGGGAUGGGUGUGGACGUUACCAGAGAACUUGAUCUUUUACCAUCUCAUUUGUUAAUAAAAUAUUGAAAAUGCUCACUA